UGAACUAGUACACGGACCUGGAAUCGGGCCGCAACCUCAGCCGCGCCUGCCGCCUGCCACCGCCUCUGGACCAUGGACCCCCGCAAAGUGAGCGAGCUUCGGGCCUUCGUGAAAAUGUGUAAGCAGGAUCCGAGCGUUCUGCACACCGAGGAAAUGCGCUUCCUGCGGGAGUGGGUGGAGAGCAUGGGGGGUAAAAUACCACCUGCCACUCAUAAAACUAAAUCAGAAGACAAUAUCAAGGAAGAAAAAACAGAUAGUAAGAAGGCGGAGGAAAACAUAAAGACAGACGAACCAUCAAGUGAGGAAAGUGAUCUAGAAAUUGACAAUGAAGGUGUGAUUGAACCAGAUACUGAUGCCCCUCAAGAAAUGGGAGAUGAAAAUGUAGAGAUAACCGAGGAAAUGAUGGAUCAGGCAAAUGAUAAAAAAGUGGCUGCCAUUGAUGCCCUAAAUGAUGGCGAACUACAGAAAGCCAUUGACUUGUUCACAGAUGCCAUCAAACUGAAUCCUCGCUUGGCCAUUCUCUAUGCCAAGAGAGCCAGUGUCUUCAUCAAAUUACAGAAGCCAAAUGCUGCCAUUCGAGACUGUGACAGAGCUAUUGAAAUAAAUCCUGAUUCAGCUCAGCCUUAUAAGUGGCGAGGGAAAGCACACAGACUUCUGGGCCAUUGGGAAGAAGCAGCACAUGAUCUUGCCCUUGCUUGUAAACUGGAUUACGAUGAAGAUGCUAGUGCAAUGCUGAAAGAAGUUCAACCAAGGGCCCAGAAAAUUGCUGAACAUCGGAGAAAGUAUGAGCGAAAACGUGAAGAACGAGAGAUCAAAGAAAGAAUAGAAAGGGUUAAGAAGGCUCGGGAAGAACAUGAGAGAGCCCAGAGGGAGGAAGAAGCCAGACGACAAUCAGGAGCUCAGUAUGGCUCUUUCCCAGGUGGCUUUCCUGGGGGAAUGCCUGGUAAUUUUCCUGGAGGAAUGCCUGGAAUGGCAGGGGGGAUGCCUGGAAUGGCAGGAAUGCCUGGGCUCAAUGAAAUUCUUAGUGAUCCAGAGGUUCUCGCAGCCAUGCAGGAUCCAGAAGUUAUGGUGGCCUUCCAGGAUGUGGCCCAGAACCCAGCGAAUAUGUCAAAAUAUCAGAGCAAUCCAAAGGUUAUGAAUCUCAUCAGUAAAUUGUCAGCCAAAUUUGGAGGUCAAGCAUAACGCCCUUCUGACAAAUAAAGCCCUUGCUGAAGAAAAAGCAACGAUCGCCUAAUGGAUGUCGCAAUAAUACAAACCAGUGUACCUCUGACCUUCUCAUGAAGAAAGCUGGGGUGCUGUGAAGAGAAUCCCUACCCCUCUGCCCCACAUGCAACUGAAACAUUCUAUAGUGGUUUGCCAUUAGGGUAUUCAUUCAGAUAAUGUUUUCCUACUAGGAAUUACAAACUUUAAACACUUUUUAAACUGUAAAAAUAUUUAAAAACAUAUUUAAAGGGUGUGUUAGUCCCUACAUUUUUCUUUACUAAUCAUUUCAGUUUUUUUCCUUUGGAUUAAUUGGGCAAGGAAGAUACUUCAGUGUGGAAGAUUUAUUGCUCAGUUUGAGUGAAAGGUUUAUUAGUGGGAGGUAGAUACAACAUUUAAAUAGAUGAAGUCUGAGUUGGAGAUAUGGUUUCUGAGGCAUUUUGACUUGUCUUUUUAAAAGCUUUAUUUUUUGAACACAAUUUAUUUGGAUAAAACCAUUGGGACCACCAGUAUUGCAGUAUGACCUGGGUAGGGACCGGAAGUGCUUGGCAGGGCAGCAGCAACCUUACUCCUUUUAUAUAGUGCGCACCCUUGUGCAGAUGCAUUUAAAUCUUACACUGUGGUGAAGGGAUAAUUUUUAUAAUGCUGCAGUAGAAUUGGAUUACUUAGCUGUGUUCUUGUCUGAUAUAGAAAAUAAAUGUUUGCAUUAUUUCCACAUAGGGGAAAUAAGGGAAUACUUUUCAUUUUAUAUUUCUGUGUUUAGAGUGACCUUCCUGGUCAGGAAAUAC